AAAUGGUGAAGAGGAUGUGUGAAGGGCAAUUUGGUCAGACAGGAUAGCUAUAAGUGCCCAGUUUGGAUUUUCAGGCCAUCCGUCUUUGUGGUUUGAGGUUUGUUGUGGGAGGCAGUGUGUGAAGUAUGAACAAACAAAAAGAAAGGUAAAAGUGGAAAGCAAAGGUGUAUGCAGAAGAAGAAGAAGAAGCAGCAAGAGUAAAGAUGAAAAGCCCCUUUGCCUUUUGGAUUUGUUCGACUCUUUAGAGCAAAACCCAUGUCCAGGAGCUUAUCUUAAUCAUUGCCACAAGGGUCUGGAAAGUGUGUUAUUUGGGGAGGAAAGACGAGCUUCAACAGCUUUAGUGAAGGUAGUAGAACUUCUUCUAUAAUGACAUUUGAGUUUGGAAGGACCCAUGUAGUCAGGCCUAGAGGCACGCACCAAGCUACUAUAGUUUGGCUACACGGCCUUGGCGAUAACGGAUCAAGUUGGUCCCAGCUCUUGGAAACUCUACCCCUUCCAAAUAUUAAGUGGAUCUGCCCGACAGCUCCUACUCGACGAGUAGCUAUGUUUGGUGGCAGAUUUCCUUGCACUGCUUGGUUUGAUGUAGGAGAAAUUUCAGAAGAUGCUCCUGAAGAUUUGGAGGGAUUAGAUGCUUCAGCAAUGCAUGUUGCAAAUCUCUUGUCGACAGAACCUCCUGACAGUAGGUUUCUCCUCUGUAGCUUUCUGGGCACACACAUACUAAAAGAACUAAACAUAAGAUUGAGAUUUCAAUACUCGAAGAGCGAGAAAUGGGGAACCAAAUCUUUUGAAGGCUUUGUUAAAUUAGGUGUUGGGGGAUUCAGUAUGGGUGCUGCAACUGCCUUAUACUCUGCAACAUGCCAUGUUUUCAGAUGCUAUGGAAAUGGAAACCCCUACCCUAUCAAUCUAAGUGCAGUUGUUGGUCUCAGCGGCUGGCUUCCAUGUUCAAGGACUUUGAGGAACAGGCUGGGAGGGUCACAUGAUGCUGUAAGACAUGCAGCGGCCUUGCCCAUUUUGCUCUGUCAUGGCUUAGAUGAUGAAGUGGUGUCGUAUGACCAUGGAGAGAAAUCUGCGCGAGCCUUAAGUUCAGCUGGAUUCCAAAACCUGACAUUCAGAACCUACAGCAGGCUAGCUCAUUACACAAUUCCUGAAGAGACCAACGAAGUUUGCAACUGGCUGACCACGACGUUAGGGCUCGAGGGGUCAGAGUAGUGACUAGGCUGGGGCCAGGGCCAGGGCCAGGGCAUACACAAGAAAGGAACACACUAAUACAUCCAUAGGGGACUAGAAGGGGUAGCUUACUUUAGAUGUUGGAUGGGGGUAUAUGGGUAUUUUCUUGUCUUGUCUUCUUCCAAAUAAAAUUCUCCUUGGAGCCAUCCUUCGGCCAGUGUUAGAAUAAGUCAUUCUGUUUUGGUUUCAAGUUGGGGUUGCUUCUCGUUCACAUGUAUUUAUGAUUGAUUCUCUUCUGGGCUUUUCAAGUGUUUGUUGGCCAAAAUGCUCUCUGGGGCUUGCAAUUUUA